CCCGCACCUGCCGCCGCCACGCACAGCUGCCGGGCCGCCGCUUCCCUCCGCAGCUCCCCGGUACCGGGCGGUCACUGCCCGCGCUACUUUCCUCCCGCGGCGAUGGAGCCGUAGGGACGUGCGGAGGAAGGAGCGGCCGCGCUUCCCUUGAAGGGGAAGGAGAGCGCUCCCGCAGCGGGCGGGUGGAGGAGCCCGAGAUGGCGGACAGCGCCGCGGCCACUGCCGGUCCCCACGCCAGCGUGAAGGGCACCUCGGCGGGACCCUGGUGGAAGUCGCUGACCAGCAAGAAGAAGCACAAGGAAGCAGCGCCCGCCCCGCCACCCCCCGCCGCCACCAGCGAGACCCCCGCCGUCCCCCCGAGCCUCGGCGGUCAGGAGGAGCAGCCACCCCCCUUCGGCAGCGGCGAGGCCGUGGGUUCGGGAGGCGGCAACCGCCGGAGCCUCCGCGUCUCCCACUCGGGCCGCUUCAAGGAGAGGCGGAAGGUGCGCACCUCGCUGCUGGCCGACAGCCCUGAGGUCUUCGACGGUGGCGGUGCCCCGGGCUGUGCCGCCCAGGGGGGCGAGUAGCCCAGGAGAGGACUUCGCCCCCGGAGUUGUGGCCCUGAGAGCUGCGGCCACUGGACGGGUGGGCAGAGCACCGGCAGGACAGGUGGUCGGAGCCUAUGGCUGCCUCACCAUCUGGGUUUGGCCUUGCUUGACCCCGUGGGCGAUAUGGAGGGGCACGGCAGCGGCCUCCCCAGCCCUGAGAGGACACUGCGGGGAGCCUGGCACCUCCACCAGAUGAGUGACUCCUGCGCUGUGUUACACGAACACACGCCGGGACCAAACCCCUCGAUGACAGAACGAUGCGAUUGUCUUAACAACAUAACACCAAUAAACACCCCACUCGCUCCACUGUGGUGAGUGGACUCACAGGUGCUACCCCAGGACCGACGCUGGGCGCUCCAUACCUUCCCCCCGCCCUUGGCAGGAGCCAAGGUGCUGACUUCCCAGGCCUGUGACCCAGCUCCCCUUGGCUCUCCGCCAGAGAAGGUGCUUUGCUGCCCUUGUCUCACACUCUGCCUUAUGGAGGGAAGAGGGGCAUGAAGUGCUGUCAGCUGAUGUCUGAGGACCUCCAGCCGUGCCCUAUGUGCUCCUGCCCUGCAUUGAGCAGGCAUGGCCGUGAUCGGCCUUCCCCUCAUGGGGUCAGAAGAAAGGUAUGGAGAGGGGCGUUUAAAUAUGCAAAAGGCAGGACCUUGCUGGUUUUCACCCCUCCUUUCACUGUGUAGUGCUAAGCAAGCAUUUCAGAGGCUGAUGUCCCAUAGUUCUGUUAGGGAGGCCAGCUGUUGUCUAGUAAUUCACACUGUUUACCCAGGGAACACAUUUUUGCAUAAUUGUUGAUAAGUGGCAUAAUGAGGCUCCAAUGAAGAAGUUGGGUGGUAAGACGUAAAUAUUCUUGGGAGACAAGACUAUCUCUGGAGAGCACGGGUAGGGUUGUACUCCUAGAGUGGAAAUAGGCUUGGGCACCACUGGAAAUGUUCGUUACUGUUUACCAUGUCCAAGGUUUGUGAAGCGAAGUUAAGGA